AUGUGGGCCUACCUUCAAGAAUCCUUCUUCGGUCCAACGCCACCAUCAGUCACAAUCACAGGCGCCAGAUUCCCUGCCGAUGGCUCGUCCCCUCACUUGGUACCCCUCAAUACAACAUCUCAGGGGGUAAGUGAAGGGCCUGACUCGUUCUUAUUCCACGUACCCGAUCUGCGAGAGUUCUGGAAGACUUCACGGGCAUGGAAAUGGCGGGACAUAGACAGAUUCACACUAGAAAACCAACCGGUUCCGGGCUGUAACGGGGUGUAUAUGGUUUUCUUUUCAUUUGAUCUUGACGAACGACCCCUACACACGAACUUUCCACCGGGACCUCUUGGUGUGCGUAAUUUUGCUGGAGACGCUUUUGUUGUCAAGCUGAAGCCGCAUGAAUAUGGGGAAAGUGGCUGGGCAGAGUACGAUGAUGUGUCUCCGGAGUUUCUGGAAUUGCCUAUCAUGGCUAGACAGUAG